AUGGCCCACGAACCAUUGGUCACCCACAUUUAUACGGCGGAUCCGUCUGCGCAUGCGUUCGAAGGAAAGAUAUAUGUCUAUCCAUCUCAUGAUCGGGAGACCGACAUCCAGUUCAACGAUAAUGGCGACCAAUAUGACAUGGUCGACUACCAUGUUUUAUCACUCGAAGAAAUUGGUGGCAAAGUCACCGACCAUGGGGUAGCGCUAAAAGCCGACGACGUCCCUUGGGUCUCGAAACAGCUUUGGGCACCCGACGCAGCAUUCAUCAACGGCAAAUAUCAUCUAUACUUCCCUGCACGCGACAAGGAGGGCAUCUUCCGCAUCGGCGUCGCCGUGAGUGAUAAACCAGAGGGACCUUUCACUCCCGAUCCCGAGCCGAUUCAGGGCAGUUAUUCGAUCGACCCGGCCAGCUUUGUCGACGACGAUGGCCAGGCAUACCUUUACUUCGGAGGCAUCUGGGGCGGCCAGCUACAGUGCUGGUCAACAGGGAAAUUCGAAGACUCACAGUCUGGCCCCCAUGAACCAAAAGGAACUGACGUACCGGCACUCCUUCCUCGUGUUGGGAAGCUGUCCCCAGACGGACACCAAUUCGCUGCCGGUGUGCAGGAGGUGCAGAUUGUAGAUGAUGCAGGGAAGCUUCUGGUUGCAGAUGACCAUGACGGUCGUUUCUUUGAGGCCGCAUGGAUGCACAAGUACAAGGGCAAGUAUUACUUCAGCUACUCGACGGGUGACACCCACUAUAUCGCCUAUGCGGUGGGAGACAACCCAUUGGGCCCCUUCACAUAUGGUGGACGGAUUCUCGAGCCUGUUGUUGGCUGGACGACCCAUCAUUCAAUCGUCGAGUUCAAAGGGAAAUGGUAUCUGUUCUACCAUGACUCGAGUCUGAGCAAAGGUGCCAGUCAUCUAAGAAGUGUCAAAGUUAGGGAAAUUGUAUAUGACGAGGAUGGUAAGAUUGCUCUGGCAGAGAAGCAGUAG